UACCCUGCCAGCAAAGUAAAUUUCGGAAACUGGAUUCCAGCUACCGGAUCGGCUGAGCGACUCUGGGCGGCGCAGUACGCAGGCGCGAGCGUUUGGGGUCUGGACGCGCGCGGUGCUCGGUUGAAGCGGGAGUUUCUGGGCGUGAGUCCCGGUAGCGGGCGGCUGAUUGCACGGGUGACCCAGCUCCGCCAUGGCAGCCCUGCGCUAUGCGGGCCUGGACGACACGGACAGCGAGGACGAGUUGCCCCUGGGCUGGGAGCAGAGAACCACCAAGGACGGCUGGGUGUACUAUGCCAAUCACACUGAAGAGAAGACCCAAUGGGAACAUCCGAAAACUGGAAAAAGAAAACGAAUAGCAGGAGAUUUGCCAUAUGGAUGGGAGCAGGAAACGGAUGAGAAUGGACAAGUGUAUUUUGUCGACCAUAUAAAUAAAAGAACUACCUAUUUGGACCCAAGAUUGGCAUUUACUGUGGAUGAUAAUCCUACAAAGCCAACCAACAGACAGAGAUACGAUGGCAGCACCACAGCCAUGGAAAUACUCCAGGGUCGGGACUUCACUGGCAAAGUGGUUGUAGUUACUGGAGCUAACUCAGGAAUAGGGUUUGAAACCGCCAAGUCUUUUGCCCUCCAUGGUGCUCACGUGAUCCUGGCCUGUCGGAAUAUGAGCAGAGCCAAUGAAGCCGUGUCCCUCAUUUUAGGAGAAUGGCAUAAAGCCAAGGUAGAAGCAAUGACCCUGGACCUCGCUCAGCUCCGUAGCGUGCAGCAUUUUGCUCAAGCGUUUAAGGCCAAGAAUGUGUCUCUGCAUGUGCUCGUGUGCAAUGCAGCGGCUUUCGCUCUCCCCUGGAGCCUCACAAAAGAUGGCCUGGAGACCACCUUCCAGGUGAAUCACCUGGGGCACUUCUACCUGGUCCAGCUCCUUCAGGAUGUCUUGUGCCGCUCAGCUCCAGCCCGAGUGGUUGUGGUCUCCUCUGAGUCCCAUAGAUUUACAGAUAUUAAUGAUUCCUCAGGAAAGCUAGACUUCAGCCGCCUCUCUCCAUCUAAAAAUGACUACUGGGCCAUGCUGGCUUACAACCGGUCCAAGCUCUGCAACAUUCUUUUCUCCAAUGAGCUUCAUCGCCGCUUGUCCCCAAGAGGGGUCACUUCGAACGCAGUGCAUCCAGGAAACAUGAUGUACUCCUCCAUUCAUCGCAACUGGUGGGUGUACACACUGCUCUUCACCUUGGCCAGGCCUUUCACCAAGUCCAUGCAACAAGGAGCUGCCACCACCGUCUACUGUGCUGCUGCCCCCGAGCUAGAGGGCCUGGGAGGGAUGUACUUCAACAACUGCUGCCGCUGCCUGCCCUCCGCCGAGGCCCAGAGGGAGGAGACCGCGCGGGCCCUGUGGGCGCUCAGCGAGAGGCUGAUCCAGGAGGCGCUCGGAGGCCAGGCCAGCUAAGCGGGAGCUCAGGUGGCGAUUGGAACACACGCACACCCUGUGUGUCCACAUGUCAGUGCCAAUGCCGAGCCCCCCAACUCAUUAUCCAGGCCUUUCCGUGUCUCUCCAACACUGAUCCCCCAGAGCAAAGGAAGUAAGAGUAGUCACAGCAGAUGGGAAAAUGUCAAAUACCAGCGGGAAGCAGGGAAUUAAUUCCAGGGGUUAAAGGACAGUAUCUCUCUUCUGGGGCUGAACGAGGCUUGGGUCCCUUUUCUUUCCUGGUGGUGGCCUGUCUCACUGUAGAAGCACCAGUCUCUCACCUGUUCCACCCAGCCACCAGCACAGCCAGAGCCUCACUGCCACCGGAGCUUUCUCUGUUCAGGAAAGAACAAGCGAGUGUUUACCCUUCUCCUCUGCAUCGAUCCAGGAGAUCAUCACUCCAUUCUUUCUGACCAAGUCUAAGUGGGCUUGGCAACUCCUGGGCAGAGGCCCCCAAGCCUUGUUCCCGUCAGCGAAGAUGGAGAGACACUGAGAAUUCUGUGGCAUAGACAGAGCUGCGAGUCACAAAGGUACUAGUUCUUUGACUCCCUUGCCAAACUAUACAAACAUUCAGUUAUAGCAGAUGCGUUUUGCCAAGCAUCCCCCGAUACCUUGCCAGGCAGGAGAGGAGGCAUUGCGUCUGUAGGAAUUUACAGGAUCAUCAUGGGGUGGGCUGCAAAGCUGUCCCUAUCCUCCUUCAUUCUCGGUUUCAGCAGCUCCUCGGGCUCCUGCUCACCAGUCCUGUCCUCCCUCCCAUCCUACGCUUAAUAAAAGAGCAUGCUCCAAUGUUA